GGCCGAUCGACGACUUUAACCCAACUUCAACACCAUCAUCGCCAGGCACAGGACAGAUUCCGAUCGGUACCAAAGGCCUUGCGUCGAACUCGGGACAAUGCGUUCUAAUUCCCUUCUGGGUCUCCCUUCAUCGCUCUUGCUCCUCACAGCAGCAUGUAUCAACGCAGAGCAUCCUGCGGCCGUCCGCAAAAUGUCACCAAACGCCGGGGAGAAGCUUCUGCACAAUGACUUCGCCUUCACCCCCAGCGACGUCUUUGGGACAAUAAACACCACUCCACUCUCGCCCCGUGAACAGCUACUCGCCGCUCGCAUGGCCGACGAUAACUUUCUAUCCAACGCCUCAUUUUCAUAUCGAUCACCCUUUGCGGAACAUCAUGACAGCACUACUAGCCUGGGCUGGGAGAGCCUUAGGCGCGCCGUUGAGGCCCUUCACAUACUCGAGAAGAGACAAUCUUGCCCGACGAGCAUGAACAGCUGUGAAUACAUCGGUGCGGCCAACAAAUGCUGCCUGAGCAACGAAGUGUGCGUGAAGGUGGUCGAUGAGCACGUUGGGAACGUCGCCUGUUGUCCGAAGGGCGCUGCUUGCAGUGGAGCUGUUGCGGCAUGUCCCAGCGGUACCACAAGUUGUGACGCGGAUCUGAGUGGUGGAUGUUGUAUUCCAGGAUACGUCUGUCAAGGUGUUGGCUGUGUACCGAGCCCUCCUCCGGCAACGAGUGCUUCGCCAAGUCAGACGGCCACAGGCACUGGUGGAGGUGGAGGAGGAGGAGGCGGCGGCGGCGGUGGCGGCAGUACCGGUGGCGGAGGAGGUGGUGGAGGAGCAGGCACGACAGUCGUUCAGACCAUCACCACAACGUCCGUCUCGACAACGACGCUUGUCGACGGGAGAACUACGACCGUGCAUGUGACGGUAAUCGUGACGGUGAAUCCCGGCGGAGCGACCACGAGAAGAACCACGACGAGCACAACUCUUGAGGAGCCAUCGACCACGACGCCUGAGCCCACGACGACGACUACUGGCACCGCGGUGCCUCCUUUCCGACCGACGUCCACCGACUCGGACGAGCCGCCGGUCACAUCUGCGUACUGCCCGACUGGGUUCUACGCGUGUCUCGCCCGCGCUGGUGGAGGCUGCUGCCAGACUGGGCGUGACUGCGCCACUACCUCAUGCCCGCCUACGGAAUCGACGACCAUUAUCAGCAACGGCGUUACCGUUGUCGUUCCUCUCACCGAAGUGCCGGAGCCCCAGGCGACGGAGACCUGCGCGAGUGGGUGGUUCUUGUGCGGCGACGAAGGCGGUCCCGUUCCUGGCUGCUGUCCGAGCGGAUAUGAGUGCGGCACCGCGAGCUGCUCGAGUAUCUCACCGACACAAACUGGCGAGAUCCAAAAGCAUUUUCCUAAUUCAGGGGUUCCAAGGGUUGCGGUGUCGUUGGCUGCCAUGGUCAUCUCUCUAAUGGUUGCGUUGUUUUGAUUUAUAGCAUCAUGCAUUGGGCGGCGUUUAUAGACUGGAAUUUCAAAGGCAAUGAGGACGGAUUCACCAGAGAUCCGAUAGGAACGCGGAACGAAAAUACGAUGGUCGGGGGACGAGUACGAGGGACGUAUAAUGGUCUUGAGCACGAUGAACAUAGGAGGAUCUCACAAGGCUUGAGGUUAGGGAACAUAUUCCAGCACACAUUGAAGAAUGUACUUGCGUCGUCCCUCAUUCAAAAGUCUCUUUGAUACCAGCAACAAAAUCUUGACUCUAACAUACAGUCUCCUUAUGUAAAACAGCGAUUGAUGCUACUUGUCAACAAAUCGCGCUAAACAGACCUUCGUAAGUUCCGAAUGAAGUUUGGGUGAGAUUGUCCUUUUCACGGGAUGUAAGACAGUACCCUCACCAUCUAGAAGAGAAGCUUCCAACACUUGAUGAGAGGAUAGAUGAACAUGGGAUAUAAAUGAUUGGAUCU